UCCUACAGCUAUUGCUGCAACCAAAUUCCCUCACUAAUUCAAACUCGGAAUUGUUUUUGGUGGGUUAUAGCAAUGGAGGAAAAUAAGAAGGCUGAUGGCCUGGAAGAGGAAGAAGGAGAGUCAGAGUACGUAUUGCUUGAUCUUGAUGCUGUUUCUGGGCAGAUAGACAUUCCUCCAAACGCACCUUACACACUCUCAGGUCUUGAUACGAAGAAUCCAAUAUUAAUCAUAGAUGAAAAAGUGAAGCUGAUUGGAGAAUAUGAAGAAACAAUUGGGACCUGCCUUGUCUUCUCUGAAGAUGAAGCUUCCCCUGUAGUUCAUGAAGAGACAGGUCCAUCAGAAGCAAAUCUCUUCUCAGGAAAAUAUAUAAUAGAUCCAAAUCAAGCUCCAAGAAAGCAAGUAAAACCAGUUGCCCAACUUCACAAGAUUCUUAAGUUUCGACUGUUACUAGAUGAUGACGCCCAAGAUGAAACAAAUUCACCAACUAAUUCAAAUUUGUAAUUAGCAAACUCUAAUUUGUAGUCGCUGUUUAAUGUACAUCGUUAAUUUUGGAAGUUACUUUAAUGUAAUUCGAGCAUAGUUAUGCUCUGCAUUUUCCCAUACUGCUGUGUAGUACCAAGAGUGCUGCAAUAUUGUUACUUCUUGGCUGAAUUGUAAAGGAGAGCUGUGGUUGGAAGUUGGUGGUCAAUACAGAUUCUUUGUAAAUGUUUUUAAUCAAAUGCGAUGAUGACAUUGCCAGGA